CUCAAUCAGUUUAGUUAAGUCAACUCUUUUUCAGUUUUGUGCACUGUUACAUUAAUCGCAAUUAUACUAAUCUGAAUCGCACACAUCAACCCACUGGAAUCGUUUAAUCAUCUCUCUCUUAUUCUGGGCUUCUAUUCUGAUUUCUACCAUUUGUUGCUGAAACAUUCCUUCCAUCUCUGAUAUCAGAAACCUUUCGAUCCUAGUUCCAAUUCCAAGCAAGAAACAAUGGCUGACGCUGCUAUCAGUGCUACUGUUAAGGUCGUCUUAGAGAUGGUCAUUUCCAUUGCCGCGGACCGCAUUGGUAUGGUUCGGGAGGUCGAAGCGGAGUUGGAGAGACUAAGCAAUACUGCUGCAAUGAUCCAAGGUUUCCUGGCUGAUGCUGACGGGAAAAUGCAUAGCCAAGGGGUGCGAGAGUGGCUCAAGCAACUAGAGGAUGAGGUUUUUAAAGCUGAUACCGUGCUGGACGAGCUCCACUACGACAAUCUUCGUCGGGAGGUGAAGUACCGAAAUCAACCAAUGAAGAAGAAGGUAUGCUUCUUCUUCUCCUUCUUUAAUGCAAUUGGCUUUAGUUCCAGCUUGGCUUCAAAGAUCCGGGACAUCAACACCAGCCUAGAGAGGAUCAACCAGCGAGCCAAUGAGUUGGGAUUGGCCAGAAAGCAGCAAAAAGAAGCUGCACUCCCUGCUGAUGCCGCUGGUGCCACGGCAAGCAGACAGACCGACUCUAUUGUCGUUCCGAACGUUGUAGGAAGAUCCGGCGACGAGUCAAAGAUUGUGGACAUGUUAUCGAGCCCAUCUGAAAAGGUUCUUUCUGUUAUUCCCAUAACAGGCCCGGGAGGUUUGGGAAAGACAACUCUGGCGAAAUCAGUCUACAAUAAUCCAAAAAUAGAUGGGCACUUUGGCCAAAAGAGUUGGGUUUGUGUGGCUAGAGAAACUGAUAUAGUGGGGCUGUUCAAACUCAUUUUAGAAUCGUUGACAAGAACAAAGGUUGAAGUGGAUGGUAGGGAAGCCAUAGUUCAAGAAAUUCGAGGAAAACUUGGGGAAAAAAGAUUUCUCCUUGUUCUUGAUGAUGUAUGGAAUCGUGAACAGGGAUUGUGGAGUGACUUCUUCACCACAUUUUUGGGACUUAGUACAACUAAAGGAAGCUGGUGUAUUCUCACUACUCGUCUACGACCAGUGGCUAAUGCUGUGCCUAGACAUUUGCAAAUGAAUGAUGGUCCUUAUUUCCUAAGAAAGCUAUCAGACGAUGCAUGCUGGUGUAUGCUGAAAGAAAAGGUAAUUGCAGGAGAAGAAAUACCAAAAGAAUUGGAAGCAAUACAGGAGCAAAUUUUAAGGAGAUGCGAUGGCCUACCCUUGGCGGCAAGUUUGAUUGGUGGCUUGUUGCUUAACAACAGAAGAGAGAAGUGGCACUCCAUUGUGCAAGAGAGUCUCUUGAAUGAAGAGAUCGAUCAAAUACUUAAGGUGAGCUUUGAUCAUUUAUCACCUGCAUCAGUUAAGAAAUGUUUUGCAUAUUGCUCGAUUUUUCCCCAGGACACUGAAUUAGAAGAAGAUGAACUAAUUGAGCACUGGGUUGCCGAAGGUUUUGUUCUACCAGAUCAGAAAAAUAAUAGAGUGAUGGAGGAAACAGGAGGCAAGUAUUUGAGGAUUUUGUUGCAAAAUUCCUUGCUGGAAAAAGUCGAAGAGCCGUGGAGAACAUACUAUAAAAUGCACGAUCUCGUGCAUGAUUUUGCAAAAUCAAUUCUCAAUCCAGAAAGCAGCAAUCAGGAUCGCUACCUGGCAUUGAACUCUUCUGAAGGUUUGGAAGAAAAUGGGACAAUACCAGCAUCAAUUCGCACGUUAUUUCUCCAUCUAGAGGGUGGCGUAUCUACUGACAUGAACAUGCUUUUAAGAUUCAAGUGCUUGAAUGUUCUCAAAUUGUCUGGAUAUGAUGUCGAGUCUCUACCGAGCUCCAUUGGCAAACUACUACAUUUGCGGUUGCUCGACAUUUCAUCUUCUGGAAUCACAAGUUUGCCGGAAUCUAUUUGCAAGCUAUAUAAUUUGCAGACGGUAACGAUUCGUGAUGAUGCACUUGAAGGAGGUUUUCCAAAACAGAUGAGCGAUUUGAUUAGCUUGAGGCAUCUAAACUACCACCAUGGUGAUGCGGAAUUUAAGAUGCCGAUGCAGAUGGGACGAUUGACUUGUCUUCAAACUCUAGAGUUUUUUAAUAUAAGUCAAGAGAGGGGUCGUGGUAUCGAAGAGCUUGGGACCUUGAAAUAUCUGAAAGGAUCGUUGGUGAUAAGAAAUCUUGGACUAGUGAAGGGCAAAGAAGCAGCUACACAAGCAAAAUUGUUCGAAAAGCCAGAUCUGUCUCACUUGGUGUUUAAAUGGGAGAGUGGGGAUCGGGAAAGCGAUAACCGUGAGGAGGAUGUGUUGGAAGGUCUCCAACCUCACCCAAAUUUGCAAGGGUUGGGAAUUCAUUCUUUUAUGGGUAAUAAAUUUCCACAAUGGCUUAUCCAUUUGUCAAAAUUGGCGACAUUACAGAUAGAAGACUGCAAGAGAUGCAGUGAACUCCCCUCAUUAGGGCAACUGCCAUCCCUCAAAUGUCUCUAUUUGACAAGAUUGCCCAAGAUUCGAUCUGUUGGAGAUGAAUUCUACGGUAUUGCUAUUAACGAGGAGGAGGAGGGCAGAUCACGAGCAUCAGGGAGCAGCACUAGAAGACGAAAAUUCUUUCCUGCCCUUGAACAACUCUGGGUAGCAGAUAUGGGGAAUUUGGUAGAGUGGAAAGGUGUAGACCAAGUGAGGUCAACAGUAGGUGAAGCAGAAGCAGAUGUCUUUCCCGUGCUGAGGAAUUUUCGCAUUCAAAGUUGCCCACAACUGACCACUCUUCCAUGUAUAAAAACAGGUUACGGCACUGCUUCUGUUGAGGAGUUGAGGAUCUGUUUGGAUCGACAAUCUUAG